AUGAAUCAGCUCAGCCAUAAAAAAGACCAAAGCAGCAAUGCCACCGAUUAUAAAAGAGGGACGUUAUAUCUCCUUUUUUAUAUCAUGCGACACGUUUCUUCAAUUUUCUUUUUUUUAUUACCUUUCAUCCUGUCCUUUUCCCCUCCACAUUUUCCGCUUUUGUUUUGCCAGUGUGUGGCACAGAGCGGUCCUGCUUUGGCAGUGAAAAAAAAACAGAAGGUGUACGGAGUUGCUUUCUUUUUCUUUUUUGUUUCUACCGUGCUCUGUCCCUUUUACUUUUCUUUUUUUUUUCCAUAUUUGAUUAUGCUAAUUAUCUUGUAUGUGCCACCUCAACCGUUCCCGCUGGGAUCGUUAGAGGGUGUCCGCAAGUGCGACUGGGUAUUUAAAGUAUUAUUCUUCCAUUCUUCUCUUUUCGUACAUUCCCACUUACCACUUUGUGUACGUGCGUGGGAAGCGUACUUGAAGAUGGGGAUGAUAUGA